AUGUCUACUGCAACGUUAAAGACGACGACAAUGGCUGCGUCUGCGGUUAAAUAUCGCAGAUACUUGGUAGCUGCUCAAACUGAUGAAUUCAAACCAAGCAUGGAAGCUCGGAAAAGAAGAGUCCGAGAGGCCCUGCGAAACACGACGGAUCCAAAGGCGACCUUGAAGAUGAUAGACACGAUACAACAUCUGGGAAUUUCGCACCACUUCGAGGAAGACAAAGAUUCGAUAUUAAGAUGUUUGUGUGGUUGGGACGCUGGUGACGAUCUCUUUGCCACUGCUCUUCGCUUUCGUCUCCUCAGGCAUAAUGCCAUCUUCACUACUAAUUACGUUUUCAAGAAAUUUAUGGACAAAAGCGGGAGAUUCAAGGAAUCAAUCAGCAGGGACACGUGGGGUUUGUUAAGCUUGUAUGAGGCAUCGUACUUGGGAGAAGAGGGGGAAGAUAUGUUAACGGAGGCCAUGGGCUUUACGAAGCUCCAUCUUCAUCGAUCCUUACCAGAUCUCAGCCCUGAAAAAGGAGGCCGUGUUGCUAGAGCCUUGAAAAUUCCAAGGCACCUCAGAAUGGCCAGGCUUGAAGCCAGAGACUACAUUCAUGAAUAUGAAAAACUUAGCAACCACAUGCCAGCUCUCUUGGCUUUGGCCAAGUUAGACUUUGACAUGGUUCAGUCGCUGCACCAACAAGAAUUAGCAGAGAUUUGCAGGUGGUGGAAACAACUGGGGCUCGUUGAUAAACUUGGUUUUGCGAGAGAUAGACCAUCGGAGUGCUUCCUGUGGACAGUGGGGAUAUUUCCAGAGCCAUACUAUUCUAAUUGCCGGAUUGAACUCACCAAAACCAUCUGCAUAUUACUGGUUAUGGAUGAUAUCUUUGACUCUUAUGGCACCUUGGAUGAACUUGUUCUUUUCACUGAAGCCAUCAGAAGGUGGGAUCUGGACGUGAUGGAGGAGCUGCCCGAGUAUAUGAAGAUAUGCUAUAUGGCAUUGUAUAACACUACCAAUGAAAUUGCCCACAGAGUUCAGAAAGACCACGGCUUGACCGUGGUUGCACACCUGAAGAUAACUUGGAUAGACAUAUUUGAAGCUUUUUUAAAGGAAGCGAGGUGGUUCAGCAGAGGGGAGAUACCAAAUGUUGAAGAAUGUCUGGAGAACGGUGUGAGUUCUGCGGGAUCAUACAUGGCAAUGGUGCACGCAUUCUUCCUAACAGGAGACAAUCUCUCAGAGCAAAAUGUUUCUAUGAUGAAGAAUCAACCGUAUCCAAGGCUCUUCACUGUGUGUGGCGAAAUUCUUCGCCUUUGGGAUGAUCUGGGAACUUCAACGGAACAAGAAAGAGGAGACAAUGCAUGCAGCAUCCAAUGCUACAUGAGAGAGAAUCAUCCUGUAGAGGAAGACAAAGCGAGAAAAUACGUAAGAGAGCGUAUAGGGAAGCUAUGGUGGGAACUAAAUAACAUAGCAAUGGCAACGAAGUCUCUGCCUUGGUCAAUCGUGAAGGCUUCGUUUAACGUAGCAAGAACUGCGUAGGUGAUUUAUGAGCAUGGAGAUGACAAAAGCGCGUAUAGCGUGGAUGAUUACGUCCAAGCUUUGCUCUUCCAACCCUUCUCAAACCAUUGUUCCCACAUAAAUCCUUAA